GGCACAUGUGGCUAAAGUAUUUAAGGUUGCUUCAUACCUAUGACGAGGUUCGAGAACCCUCGAUCUAUGGUUCAGGGUGGAGGAGUUUUUCUAUUCCACCACAACCACUUUGGUUAGCGGAUUCUAUUUUUAAUCACACCUAAGUGAAGUUUAGGAAAAAUCAAAAUGGAAUAUAACAAGUACAUAAUGGAGUAAUUCGUAACCCAAAUCCGUUAGAAUACAACGGUGAUGUGGGCUUAUAGAAAGCCCAUCACGUUCAUUAAACGUCUUUGGCAUAAUUCAGCAGUCCAGAAUGAAACCCUAGCUAGAUAACUACACCAUCGAAACUCAGCAGCAGGAGCAAGUCUCAGAAACCCUAACCUCAGAAACCUCCUCUUCUUGCCCAAAUUCACAAUGUCGGUCGGAGAGCUCGGAUGCACGUACGCCUCCCUGAUCCUUCAUGACGACGGCAUUUCAAUCACUGCGGAGAAGAUCGCCACCCUUCUCAAGGCUGCUAAUUUGAACUCCGUCGAGUCAUACUGGCCAAGCCUUUUCGCCAAGCUCUGUGAGAAGAGAAAUGUCGAAGAUCUCAUCCUGAACGUCGGCGCCGGCGGCGGUGGUGCUGCUGUAGCCGUUGCCGCUCCAGCCGCUGGUGGUGCUUCUGCUGCCGCUGCAGCUCCCGCUGCUGAGGAGAAGAAGGAAGAGCCUAAAGAAGAGAGUGAUGACGAUAUGGGUUUCAGCUUGUUCGAUUAGGUUUGGGCCACUCGUUUUCUCCGAGUAUUUUGUCAUUUUCGAAAGGAAAUUAGGAAGAAGAUUUUUGGGGCUGUUAAACUCUUAUGUUUGAUAGACUGCUAGUAUAAAUGAUGUUACUGCUGUAAUUUCAUAUGACAAUUAUCACCCUCUUUAAGUAUUUUGUUUGGAUACUUUUAUUUAUGGAUGCCCUCUCUGUUUAAUUCUUUUCUUGUCGAUUUUAUAUUAUUUGCCAGUUCUGUGACAUGUUUUCUUUGAUAUGCUGAUAGUUGUCGUUAUUGUGACAUAAUCCGUUAUCUUUGGAGAGAAGUUAUAUAAUAGCCUUGUAUGAUGGUUUAAUUUGUCUUUAAAUUCAUUCUUAUUAUUAUUUGUUUUGAUAUUUUGAGAAUGAUAGUAGCUCAAAUUUGGUGGCCUUGUUCAGGUGAUUGUUGUUGGUUUUUGAUCUAUUCUGACCUGUAGAGUUAUGCAAGAUGGAUUUCAACAAUGUUCUGUUUGAUAUCUAUUUGCCUAAUGUCUUUUUGUAGCUGUAAUGCCAUUCUGACAUUGUCAUAUUAGUGUAUCCUUGAUGUGUUUUCUCUGGAUUCUAUAAUUACACUUGCGAUGAAUGUACCACACCUCUUGCAGUGAUGAAUGUAUAUUGGUUUCGCAAACUUUUGGAGUUGACAUUGUUUAAAUUGUAUUUCUCCCUGUGGGGUUGUAUAUAGGUUUCGCAAACUUUGGAGUUGACAUUGUUUAAAUGGUAUUUCUCCCUGUGGGGUUGUCUAUAAGAUAUGGGUGCUGCGGGUGCAACAUGGUUAUCAAAACCAGCUUAGAAUUCUUCUAGUCUAGGUUGCAGAUGGAUAGUUUUUGUUCUGUCACCUGUGAAUGAAGGUUAUUUUUGCCUUUGUUUCUGUAUUUCGUUCUGGGCAAAUGUUUUUAGUCACAAUUUUACUGUGAAACCACCUAUCACGAUAACACUAGUGUUUAUUGAAUUUACAUUUUAUUUAUUCGGUUAAGUGGGAGCUAGCGUUGGUAUGGGAUGAUAAACUAAUCUGCCGGACUGGAACUGGUAAUGGAGAAGUCGAGUAGCGUUCUGAGAGGUGAGCAGAAAAUGCAGGACAGAGACGAUCUUCUGGCAUUAGCAGUUAUAUUUGGGAAGAAUGUCUCAUCCCAUAAAUACGCGCCAAGCAACUCUGCUCUGCUUAACUACUUCCCGUCAAGAGUCCAUGUCCUCCUCCCAUAGGCUGUAACCUCUCUUCCAAGUUCUGCUGACAUUAUCCGAGCUCUCCACAAGAACAAAACCCGAUACUGUCUCAGCUUCCCUCAAAGACACCAAUGGUGGUGGUAAAGCUCUCAAGCCUCAAAAAAGACAGCAGAGUUAACUGAUGAACAAGAUGCAUGCUCCAGUCUCCUGGCACUGGCCAACCAUGUCAACUGAAUCUGUAUCCAAACAUUUUCCCUGUUAUUUGCG